AGAGAGUCCAGAAUCGCACAUAGACGCACAAAACACACUUUUAUCUCCAACAUCUCCGUAUUCCGCGAGCAUCUGGGCAAUGAGAUCCGGAUGUGUUCAAACCCUGCACACCUUUGCUCACGUCUAAGCCGCUCAGUCUCCAAUCCUCCUUGAAACAAGAAGAAUGCUGAAGAUGCUGCGCUUUGUUGUCGUUGCGGCGAGCUUCCUCGCCUCCACCCAAGCCGAAAAACUGGCCUAUAACAGUGUCGUCCCGCUACCAGAAACCGAGGGCACCACCAACGAGUUCUCACUUGCUCUACGGUUCAAGCCUCAGCUCCACGUCGACAGCGGUUGCCACCCGUUCCCUGCCGUUGAUGAAGACGGUAACACCAACUCUGGUCUCUCCAUCUACAGCUUCAAGAAAUGCGAUUCGUCUGCGCUUGGAUCACAGAUUUACGGUCGCGCUAAAACCUACAAGGACUCGUACGCCAUCAUGUAUGCCUGGUACUUCCCCAGAGACCGCAAGGCAGCGUUUGGUCACCGUCAUGCAUGGGAAAACGUCAUCGUGUGGAUCAACCGCAAAGGAGGCGUUGCAAAGGCAAAAAUGACUGCUGUGUCAUCAUCAAUCGAUGACGGUGUGUACUUCACGAUCAUUCCUCCGACUGAAGACAUGGUGGACGAAGACAGCGUCAAAAUUCAGUAUAGAGCCAAGACCUUCAGUCAUUAUGUGAAUGUUACGACGGUGGCGGGUGAUUUCCAGGACCUGGUCAUGUGGAAUGACAUGCCGUCGGCUGCACGCACUGCACUGAACCUGUACGACUUCGGAAGCGCCACGGUACCUUUCAAUGACGACACUUUCCAGGACAAUUUGGAGGAAGCCUAUCCGUGGUAGAUAAUUGACAUGAGAUGAAGUAUACAUGAUUGACACAGAUAAUACAACUGUCAUACUACGUGACGAUCUCUGUGCCAACGAGUCGAUAGCAAC